AUGGACUCUUACACAGUUGCACCCCCCGUGCAAGGCCAAUCAUUCUACUACGAUGCCACAACACAACAGCAAGGGCACUACACCAGCCAGCCCUCCGACUACUACGGUCAGAUGCAGUACCAGCAAAGUCGGGCUUCAGAGCAGCAACCCAUCUAUCAACCGCAACCCAUGAUGAAUAUGCACCAGAUGGCCACCACCAAUGCCUUCCGCGGUGCCGCUAUCAACAUGACCCCCAUUGCCUCACCUCAGCCCUCUCACAUGAAGCCCUCCAUCAUUGUGCAACAGGGCUCUCCCGGUUUGAUGCCUCUGGAUACUCGCUUCAUCGGUGCCGACCUGUACGCUUUCCCAUCAACACCGCCUCUUUCCGCCUCGGGCAGCAGCAUCAGCAGCCCUCCUUCCGCCCAUGGCACCCUGCACACCCCGAUCACCGACACUUUCUUCUCCUUUGAGAAGGUCGAGGGUGUUAAGGAAGGUUGUGAGACUGACGUCCACACCGAGAUUCUCGCCAAUCCGGAUUGGUCGCGCUCUGACUCCCCUCCAAUGACUCCAGUGUUUAUCCACCCGCCGUCAUUGACCGCCAGCCAAACCUCCGACUUGCUCUCCGCCAAUUCUUGCCCCUCGCUUUCUCCUUCUCCCUCUCCAGUUCCAUCCGACAUCCUCGCCCAAUCCCAAGGUUUGACUGCUGAGUCGGCCGGUGCAGACUUCUGCGACCCGCGUCAGCUCACAGUCGAGGCUUCAGCUCACGUCCCGACUGCCCAUGGUCUCCCUCCCUUGCCGACUCUCUCCUGCGACGAGGAGCAGCCCCGCGCCGUUGUGGGUAGUGCGUCUGUGACGCUGCCUGUCAACGAGAACCCCUCUCCCUCGUUCACUGCCUCGUCCACGACUGAGGACCCUCUGAGCUCCCUGCCUACCUUCGACAGCUUCUCUGACCUCGACUCGGACGAUGAGCUGAACCGCCUCGUUGACUUCCACCCCGGUAGCAAUGCUGUUUACCUUGGUGGCAAGCGCCAGCGUGUGGACCAGUACAUUGCCGAGGACGAUGGAUUCCUGAGCGAGCACAGCCUUGAGGACUCGGAUGACUCCGAGUUCAUUCCGGCUGCCGUUCCUGCUUUCCACUGGAACGAGGUCGCCCACGCUCACGCCCACUCUCACGUCCAUGCUCACGUUGAACAUGAGCAUGAGCACGAGCACGAGCACGAGCAUGAGCUUGACCUUGAGAACGACAGCGAGUCCGACUCUGCUGAGGAGGAGAUCAAGACCAAGAAGCGUAGCAACCGCAAAUCAUCCCGCAAGACCGCCCACAUUGAUGACGACUGCUGCUCCACCAAGUCUGACUCUCGCGCCCCCGUCUCCGUGAACCGUCGCGGUCGCAAGCAGUCUUUGACCGAAGACCCUUCCAAGACCUUCGUCUGCACACUCUGCUCGCGCCGCUUCCGUCGCCAGGAGCACCUCAAGCGUCACUACCGCUCCCUCCACACUCAGGACAAGCCCUUCGAGUGCCACGAGUGCGGCAAGAAGUUCUCUCGCAGUGACAACCUGGCUCAGCACGCUCGCACCCACGGCGGUGGUUCCAUCGUCAUGGGCAUCCUGGACGGAACGGAGGGAUCUAUGCCCUUCGACGAGUCACAAGAUGCCGGGGCGUUAGGGGCGGUCAUGUACGAGUCCAACGAGGCUGGUGCCGACCGUCGUGCUGCCAAGAAGCGCAAGCGUGACUCUGGCUCCGUCUAA